AUGAGUUAUGAGCUCCAUUUUUACUUCCUCCCCAUGAUGGCCCCCGGCCACAUGAUCCCUCUAGUCGACAUGGCUCGCCAGUUCGCCCGGCAUGACCUCCGUGUAAAGUCGACCAUCCUCCUCACCCACCUCAAUGCGCCCAACUUCCGAGCCACGGUCGAGCGCGAGCGCCGGAAAGGACUCAACAUGGACAUUAUUGAAAUCCCAUUUCCGGGCCCACAAGCUGGCCUCCCGGACGGCUGCGAGAGCCUCUCCUCCAUCACAUCUCCACACAUGUCCGCCAAGUUCAUCAAAGCACUCGGGCUCCUCAGGCACCCGGUCGAGCUCGUCCUGCGACAGGACCCGCCUGACUGCCUUGUGUCUGACUUUUUCUUCUCAUGGGCCGACGAGGUAGCGGCCGAUCUUCGGAUCCCUCGGCUGGUUUUUCAUGGAGCCGGAUUCUUCCCGCUCUGCGUGUAUCACAGCCUGAUCCGGCACAGGCCAGAGUCGGAUGAAUUCGUGGUCCCCGGACUCCCAGACAUCGUGUGGAUGACCAAACAGCAGCUGCCAGACUACCUGCGCGGGCAAAAUCCUGCCAGCAAACAGGUGAAAGACUCGACCGAGAAGGAGGCUGCGAGCUUUGGGGUGGUCGUGAAUAGCUUCCGGGAACUGGAGUCAGCUUAUGUUGAGCACUACAAGUGCACGGUGAACAAGCGGGCAUGGCACGUGGGCCCAGUCUCCCUCUGCAACAGAGAUGACACGGAUAAAGCGCUAAGAGGCGGUGGUAAAAGCGCAAGGGACUGUUUGGAUUGGCUCGACGCAAGAGAGCCGAACUCGGUUGUUUACGUCUGCUUUGGAACCAUCUCGUUUUUCUCGGAAGCACAGAUUCGGGAGAUGGCGGUCGGGUUAGAGUCGUGCGGUAGGUGCUUCAUAUGGGUCGUGAAAGACGGAGAGGGGAAGGGGUGGGUACCGGAGGAAAAGGGGCUAGUGAUCAGGGGGUGGGCCCCGCAGGUCCUGAUCCUCGAGCACGAGGCCGUGGGAGGGUUCCUCACGCACUGCGGGUGGAACUCGGUAAUGGAGAGCGUGUGUGCUGGCAAGCCGAUGAUCACGUGGCCCAUCUCCUCAGAGCAGUUUGAUAACGAGAAGCUUGUGACAGAGGUUUUGAGGAUUGGGGCCCCGGUGGGUAGCAUGGAGUGGAGUCAGAGGACAGAUGUCGAGCGGGGUCUGAUUAAAGGGGAGAAUAUAGCUGGGGCUGUGAAUAGAGUGAUGGUUGGAGAAGAAGGUGCGGAGAUGAGGAGGAGGGCAAAGGUGUUAAGUGAGGAGGCAAGGAAGGCUGUAGAGAAAGGGGGUUCGAGUUAUAACGAUUUGGAGUCGCUGCUGAAAGAAUUGAGGUUGCACAAAAAAAGAUAG